CUGAUCGGGGUCUAGCCCUUCACUCGUCCCCUCUUCUCGCUAUUGUCGCCCCACACGGCUCACGUCACUUCUGGGAGGGAGGGUCUUUCCCCGCUCGCGCGUACUUCCGCCCGCGCCUACAGUUAGUCCUCCAACCCUGGGGACGGAACUUCCGGUCUUCUCUAGCGCCUUCCGCAGUUCUCUUCCGGGUGAUGGCGGCCGGGUGCCCCGGAUGUAGCCCUGGGAAAAGCUUUUUCUCCCGUUCUUCCUCCGCCUUCCCUGGCUCCUUAGCCGGAUCUGGUCCGACCAAGUGAAAGAUCUGUUUUGCAGGGGGCCCUGUCGCAGUGAGUAUCUUCCUCACCCAGUUCCCCUUAAUCUGCAUCCUUGCCCUCAGCUCAGCUUGGGGAAGACCCUCUGACCAAUCAUGCUAAAGAGGAAAGUGACCUUCCAAGGCGUGGGAGACGAGGAGGAUGAGGAUGGAAUCAGUGUCCCCAAGAAGUUGGUGGACUCUGUGGCUGGGGUAGGGGGUCCUGGGAGCCGCUUCAAAGACAAACACUCUUUGGACAGCGAUGAAGAGGAUGACGAUGAUGAUGGGUCCAGCAAAUAUGACAUCUUGGCCUCAGAGGAUGUGGAAGGUCAGGAAGCGGCCACACUCCCCAGUGAGGGAGGUGUGCGGAUCACACCUUUCAACCUGCAGGAAGAGAUGGAGGAAGGCCACUUUGAUGCUGAUGGCAACUAUUUCCUGAACCGGGAUGCUCAGAUCCGAGACAGCUGGCUGGACAACAUUGACUGGGUGAAGAUCAGGGAGCGACCACCUGAUCAGCGCCCACUGUCAGACUCCGAGGAGGAGGACAGUCUGGGCCAGACACCAAUGAGCGUCCAAGCCCUCCUAGAGGGGCUUCUGGAGCUGCUGUUGCCCAGAGAGACAGUGGCUGGGGCACUGAGGCGUCUGGGGGCCCGAGGAGGGGGCAAAGGGGGCAGCAAGGGGCCUGGGCGGCCCAGUUCCCCCCAGCGCCUGGAUCGGCUUUCUGGGUUGGCUGACCAGAUGGUGGCCCGGGGCAACCUCGGAGUGUAUCAGGAGACAAGGGAACGACUGGCCAUGCGGCUGAAAGGAUUGGGGUGCCGGACCCAGGGAGCCCCUGACCCCACACCCCCACCGUCUCUGGACAUGUUUGCUGAGGAGGUGGCGGAGGCGGAGCUGGAGACCCCAACCCCUGCCCAGAAAGAAGAAGCAGAGUCACCCGGAGAUGGUUUGGCGGACGUGAUGUGGGAAUAUAAAUGGGAGAACACGGGGGAUGCUGAGCUGUACGGGCCUUUCAGCAGCACCCAGAUGCAGACCUGGGUGAACGAAGGCUACUUCCCAGAUGGUGUUUAUUGCCGGAAGCUCGACCCCCCCGGCGGACAGUUCUACAACUCCAAACGGAUUGACUUUGACCUCUACACCUGAGCCUACCGAGGACCCAGUUGGGUGGCCCUUUUUUUUUUUUUUUUUUCCUGGACUCUGUGGAGGAGGCCCUGGCUGUCUCGGGCAAUGAGGACAUCAGGGGGCUGCUUUUCUUUUCAGUCAAGUUCCUUUUCCCAAUAAAAGUUUUUAGUUGUGUCUUAGGGCCUUGGCUGUGCUGACGGCCAGAAGCCGGGGCCCUUUUCCACACUGCCUUUGGACUCA